AGUAGCAAACUGCUCUUCUCCCGUUUCCUAGAGAGAGAGAGAAGAGAGAGAAAGAGAGAGGGGUGAGGUGGGUUACUCUUGGGUUCGGAAAUCCAGCGAAAGCGAGAAGAGGUUUAAGGUACAAUGCACGGCCGUCCUCGCAAGCCCCUGAAAGCAGAGGAUGAUGCGAAAUCCAUUGCCAAGGCUUCCAAGCUUCGUUCUCUCCAAAACCAGUUUUUGAACUAUCACCGCAAUCAAAUUUUUUCGAGGGAAGCGCUCGAGGUGAGUGCAGAGCUUGUGAAGAUAAACCCCGAGAUCUACACUGCUUGGAAUUAUCGAAAGAUUGCUGUCGAUAAAUUUCUGGAAGCUGUAUCCGACCCUGUUUUGAUCAAGAACAUCGUAGAUGAAGAACUCAGAGUGGUUGAGAAUGCUCUUAAACAGAACUAUAAGUCUUAUGGUGCUUGGCAUCAUAGGAAGUGGGUGCUUGGCAAAGGGUUCUCGUCUCUUGAUCGUGAGCUUUGGCUUCUAGACAAGUUUCUUGAAGCAGAUUCGCGUAAUUUCCAUGGUUGGAAUCACCGGAGAUUUGUUGCAGCAUUGAAGAAUAUCAAGGAUGAGGAGGAGAUAAAGUUUUCCGAGGAGAAAAUUAAUAAUGAUUUCAGCAACUAUUCUGCAUGGCAUAAUCACAGUCGACUUUUGGCGCAGUUGGUGAAGCGAGACAGCCAUGGAAACUUUCCAAAUGAGUGUGGUUUGAGUGAGGAAAGUGAAAAACUCUUGAAAUCCGAGUACUAUCUUGCGCACAAUGCUCUGUUCUGUGACCCUGAAGAUCAGGCUGGGUGGUUUAAUUAUCUUGGGCUUCUGGAUCUAACAGUUGCACCAAAGGCUCCAUUGCUUACUGCUUCUUGGCCAUCUCAUGGCUCAAAUCUCACAUUAAGCUCUAUAGUGCAGCCUGGUUUUUGCACAUCUAAUGGAUGCAAAACUUCUAUUUCCAGAGAAAGAGUUUUUCCUCUAAUUCUCUAUUUUAAUCAAGCUGUUGAAGGUGUGAACAAUUCCACUGUUACUGUGAGUUCUACAUGCAUAGAGAAGCGCCACCUUAAUUGGAGGCCACUUUCAACAGAUGGCCUGGGAAAAUCAAAAUCUUGGAUUACAUAUAUGAGUGUUCCUGAUGUAGCAAAUCCUUUAGAACUCUGUCAAUUUGAUGUUAGUGUUGGUGACUCACAAGGCAUUAUUUCCCUGAAUGGAUAUCACUAUGGCCUUCCUACAAAGUUUGAGUUUAAGUUGAAUCCCUCCUCCUCAGAAUAUAGCAGAAGAGAAGUAAAUCAUGAUAUGGUAGUUUGGAAAGAUGAAUGCUUUACUAAAUUUGAUAGCCUUAUUCUGGACCUUAAUCUUCCAUUAACAACUUCUAGUCAUCAAAGGAUUGGUGUUCACAACAGAGUCCAUGCAACUGAAUGGCAGUUGGACACUUUGAAAUCUGGGAUUGAUCUUUUCAGAUGCUUGUUGUCAAUAACUGAUUGCAAAAUUGGAAGGCUCACCCUGGCACGAUUAUUAACAUCUUACAAUAUCAUGGUUGAUGGGUUUCCAUGUACAAGCAAAGGUAGUCAGUGGGAAGAAGUUCUAGACCUUUUUAGCAGUCUGCUAAAGAUGGAUCCAACGCAUGCUCAUUAUUACAAGGAUCAACACAGUAUGGUCCUGAUUGAGCAGGUAACUUCUGAUAGGGAUACCCUACUGAAGCACUGUUGGCACCAUGAAAAACAAACAUCCAUCGGCAGUCUUAGCAAUGUAUGGCUACGCCUCAAUAACUUAUCACUAUCACGCAUUGGUUCUUUUGAGCGCUUAUUGUGGGUCCAGAUGUUAGACCUCAGUCACAAUGAGCUUCGAUCAAUUGAAGGUAUGGAGUCAAUGCAACUGCUAACUUGCUUGAAUUUAAGCCACAAUCAGUUCGGAAGUUUCACAUCAUUGGAACCUCUGAAACUGAUAAAUAGUUUAAGGGUAUUGGAUAUAUCUCACAAUGAGAUAGGCGGCCACUCCAUCGACACGACAAGGUACACCUGCUCUUCUCCUCUCACCCAUGCACCUGGAGUCACUUGGGAUUCCAAAGCCUUUGUGGGGGAUCAAGAGGUCAGAUCAGAUAAUUGGGAACUGAUAUUGAUAUUUAAAAACAUGCCUUUGACUCAGUUAGAUAUUGCAGGGAACCCUGGAAAUUAUGAAAAGUGUAGAACUAUAUUGAUUAAAGCCCUUCCCAAUCUUAAGUGGCUUGAUGGCGUCUCUGUAGAAUGAUAUUGGAUUAGAUAAAUGGUUCUAUUUUGUACAUUGGUUUUUUUAAUCUUAUAAAAUGAAAUUAUUAUUUGGGUAA